GGAGCGGCCCAGAAACGAGGUGCGGCCUCCGCCCAGGCUGGGGGGCGCCUGGGCCCGCGAGGGGGACCCCCCGCCAUGGCCGCGUCCGAGCUCUACACAAAGUUUGCCAGGGUUUGGAUACCUGAUCCUGAGGAAGUCUGGAAGUCAGCAGAGUUGCUCAAAGAUUAUAAGCCUGGAGAUAAAGUCCUCCUACUUCACCUGGAGGAAGGAAAGGAUUUGGAGUACCGUCUCGAUCCAAAAACCAAGGAGCUGCCUCAUUUACGAAACCCAGACAUCCUCGUUGGUGAAAAUGACCUCACAGCUCUCAGCUACCUUCACGAGCCUGCUGUGCUCCAUAAUCUCAGAGUCCGUUUUAUUGACUCCAAACUUAUUUAUACAUACUGUGGAAUCGUCCUAGUAGCUAUAAAUCCCUAUGAACAGCUGCCCAUCUAUGGAGAAGACAUCAUCAAUGCAUACAGUGGUCAGAACAUGGGGGACAUGGAUCCUCACAUCUUUGCAGUAGCUGAAGAAGCUUAUAAGCAAAUGGCCAGAGAUGAGCGAAAUCAGUCCAUCAUUGUAAGCGGAGAAUCUGGGGCAGGAAAAACCGUCUCGGCUAAGUACGCUAUGAGAUACUUUGCCACCGUGAGUGGCUCCGCCAGUGAGGCCAAUGUGGAGGAGAAAGUCUUGGCUUCCAACCCCAUCAUGGAGUCAAUUGGAAACGCUAAAACAACCAGAAAUGACAAUAGCAGCCGUUUUGGGAAGUAUAUUGAGAUUGGCUUUGAUAAGCGAUAUCGAAUCAUCGGUGCCAAUAUGAGAACUUACCUUUUAGAGAAAUCCAGAGUGGUGUUCCAGGCAGAAGAAGAGAGAAACUACCAUAUCUUCUAUCAGCUUUGUGCUUCAGCAAAGUUACCUGAAUUUAAAAUGCUACGAUUAGGAGAUGCAAAUAACUUCCAUUACACAAAGCAAGGAGGUAGUCCUGUGAUUGAAGGAGUGGAUGAUGCAAAGGAGAUGGCCCACACCAGGCAGGCCUGCACUCUGCUGGGGAUUAGUGAAUCUUAUCAAAUGGGAAUUUUUCGAAUACUUGCUGGCAUCCUUCACUUAGGCAAUGUUGGGUUUACAUCUCGAGAUUCGGACAGCUGCACAAUUCCUCCCAAGCACGAACCCCUGAGCAUCUUCUGUGACCUCAUGGGCGUGGAUUAUGAGGAGAUGUCUCACUGGCUCUGCCACCGGAAGCUGGCCACAGCCACCGAGACGUACAUCAAGCCCAUCUCUAAGCUGCAGGCCACAAAUGCCCGCGACGCUUUGGCCAAGCACAUCUAUGCCAAGCUCUUCAACUGGAUUGUAGAUCAUGUCAAUCAGGCACUCCACUCUGCUGUAAAGCAACACUCUUUUAUUGGCGUGCUAGACAUUUAUGGGUUUGAAACAUUUGAGAUAAAUAGUUUUGAACAGUUUUGCAUAAAUUAUGCAAAUGAAAAACUACAGCAACAAUUCAACAUGCAUGUCUUCAAACUGGAACAAGAAGAAUAUAUGAAAGAACAAAUCCCGUGGACACUUAUAGAUUUUUAUGAUAAUCAGCCUUGUAUUAAUCUAAUAGAAUCUAAGAUGGGUAUUCUAGACUUGCUGGAUGAGGAAUGCAAGAUGCCCAAAGGUUCAGAUGACACUUGGGCCCAGAAAUUGUAUAACACACACUUGAACAAAUGUGCACUCUUUGAAAAGCCCCGUUUGUCAAACAAAGCUUUCAUCAUCCAACAUUUUGCUGACAAAGUUGAAUAUCAGUGUGAAGGCUUUCUGGAAAAGAACAAAGACACCGUUUUUGAAGAACAAAUUAAAGUUCUUAAGUCAAGCAAGUUUAAGAUGCUGCCAGAACUUUUUCAAGAUGAUGAAAAGGCCAUCAGCCCAACUUCAGCCACCUCUUCGGGGCGCACAUCCCUCAGCCGCACUCCAGUAAAGCCCACUAAAGGCAGGCCAGGCCAGAUGGCCAAAGAGCACAAGAAAACAGUGGGGCACCAGUUCCGAAACUCCCUUCACCUGCUAAUGGAGACCCUCAAUGCCACCACCCCUCACUACGUGCGCUGUAUCAAGCCCAAUGACUUCAAGUUUCCUUUCACGUUUGAUGAGAAGAGGGCUGUUCAGCAGCUGAGAGCAUGUGGCGUCCUGGAAACCAUCCGAAUCAGUGCAGCAGGCUUCCCCUCCCGGUGGACUUAUCAGGAAUUUUUCAGCCGUUACCGAGUCCUAAUGAAGCAAAAGGAUGUACUGGGUGACAGAAAGCAAACCUGCAAGAAUGUGUUAGAGAAACUCAUACUGGAUAAGGACAAAUACCAGUUUGGUAAGACAAAGAUCUUUUUCCGGGCUGGUCAAGUGGCCUAUCUAGAAAAGCUCAGGGCAGACAAACUGAGGGCUGCCUGUAUCCGGAUCCAGAAAACCAUCCGAGGGUGGCUGCUAAGGAAGAAGUACCUGCGGAUGCAGAGGGCUGCCAUCACUGUGCAGAGAUAUGUGCGGGGUUAUCAGGCUCGAUGCUAUGCUAAGUUUCUGCGCAGAACCAAGGCAGCCACCAUCAUUCAGAAGAACUGGCGCAUGUACGUGGUCCGCAAGAAGUACAAGAUUAGACGUGCUGCCACUAUUGCCCUUCAGUCAUAUUUGCGAGGCUACUUGGCCAGGAACCGCUAUCACAAGAUUCUCCGUGAGCACAAAGCAGUCAUCAUUCAGAAGUGGGUCCGGGGCUGGCUGGCCCGCACACACUACAGGAGGACUUUGGAAGCUAUCAUCUACCUUCAGUGCUGCUUCCGGCGGAUGAUGGCCAAGCGUGAGUUAAAGAAACUCAAAAUUGAGGCUCGCUCCGUGGAGCGCUACAAGAAGCUCCACAUCGGCAUGGAGAACAAGAUCAUGCAGCUGCAGCGUAAGGUGGAUGAGCAGAAUAAAGACUACAAAUGCCUAAUGGAGAAACUGACCAGUCUGGAAGGCGCAUACAGCUCUGAGACUGAGAAACUACGAAGCGACUUAGAACGUCUUCAGCUAAGUGAGGAGGAGGCUAAGGUUGCCACUGGACGGGUCCUGAGUCUACAGGAAGAAAUUGCCAAGCUCCGGAAAGACCUGGAACAAACCCAGUCAGAGAAAAAAUCCAUUGAAGAACGAGCAGAUAGAUAUAAACAAGAAACUGAGCAGCUGGUGUCGAACCUGAAGGAAGAAAAUAGUUUGCUGAAGCAGGAGAAAGAGGUCCUCAAUCACCGCAUCGUGGAACAGGCGAAGGAGAUGACAGAAACUAUGGAGAAGAAGUUAGUAGAAGAAACAAAACAACUGGAACUUGAUCUAAAUGAUGAGAGGCUGAGGUAUCAGAACCUUCUGAAUGAGUUCAGUCGCCUGGAAGAACGAUACGAUGACCUCAAGGAAGAGAUGACCUUGAUGGUGAAUGUGCCUAAGCCUGGACACAAGAGAACAGACUCUACCCACAGCAGCAACGAGUCCGAGUAUACCUUUAGCUCUGAAAUGGCAGAAAUGGAAGACAUCCCAUCAAGAGCAGAGGAGCCGAGCGAGAAGAAAGUACCUCUGGACAUGUCCUUGUUCCUCAAGCUACAGAAGCGAGUCACAGAGCUGGAGCAGGAGAAGCAGGUGAUGCAGGACGAACUAGAUCGCAGAGAGGAGCAGGUGCUGCGCAGCAAGGCCAAGGAAGAAGAAAGACCACAACUUAGAGGUGCAGAACUGGAAUAUGAGUCCCUCAAGCGUCAAGAACUCGAGUCAGAAAACAAGAAACUGAAAAAUGAGCUCAAUGAGUUACGCAAAGCCCUCAGUGAGAAAAGUGCUCCGGAGGUGACUGCGCCUGGAGCUCCUGCCUACCGCGUCCUCAUGGAGCAGUUGACCUCGGUGAGUGAGGAGCUGGAUGUCCGCAAGGAGGAGGUCCUCAUCCUGCGGUCUCAGCUGGUCAGCCAGAAAGAGGCCAUCCAGCCCAAGGAUGACAAGAAUACAAUGACAGAUGCCACAAUACUUUUGGAAGAUGUACAAAAAAUGAAAGAUAAAGGCGAAAUAGCACAAGCAUACAUUGGUUUGAAAGAAACAAACAGAUCAUCUGCUAUGGAUUGCCAUGAGUUGAAUGAGGAUGGAGAGCUGUGGCUGGCUUAUGAAGGGUUAAAACAAGCCAACAGGCUCUUGGAAUCGCAACUGCAAUCACAGAAGAGGAGCCACGAGAACGAGGCUGAGGCCCUCCGAGGGGAGAUCCAGAGCCUAAAGGAGGAGAACAAUCGGCAGCAGCAGCUGCUGGCCCAGAACCUGCAGCUGCCCCCGGAGGCCCGCAUCGAGGCCAGCCUGCAGCAUGAGAUCACCCGGCUGACCAACGAGAACCUGUAUUUUGAGGAAUUAUAUGCAGAUGACCCUAAGAAGUAUCAAUCCUAUCGGAUUUCACUUUACAAACGGAUGAUUGAUUUGAUGGAACAGCUUGAAAAACAGGAUAAGACUGUCCGGAAACUAAAAAAACAACUGAAAGUAUUUGCCAAGAAAAUUGGUGAACUAGAAGUGGGCCAGAUGGAAAAUAUAUCACCUGGGCAGAUCAUCGAUGAGCCCAUUCGUCCAGUCAACAUUCCCAGGAAGGAAAAGGAUUUCCAAGGAAUGCUGGAGUACAAGAAGGAGGACGAGCAGAAGCUGGUUAAGAACCUGAUUCUCGAACUGAAGCCACGUGGUGUAGCAGUCAACUUGAUCCCAGGGCUGCCAGCGUAUAUCUUGUUCAUGUGUGUGCGACACGCCGACUACCUGAACGAUGAUCAGAAAGUGAGGUCAUUGCUCACAUCAACAAUCAACAGCAUCAAAAAAGUGUUGAAGAAAAGAGGUGAUGAUUUUGAAACUGUCUCCUUCUGGCUCUCUAACACAUGCCGGUUUCUGCACUGUUUGAAGCAGUACAGUGGAGAAGAGGGCUUCAUGAAGCAUAACACAUCUCGCCAGAAUGAACACUGCCUCACCAAUUUUGACCUGGCUGAGUAUCGGCAAGUGCUGAGUGACUUGGCCAUUCAGAUUUACCAACAGCUGGUGCGGGUGUUAGAAAACAUCCUUCAGCCAAUGAUCGUGUCCGGCAUGCUGGAGCAUGAGACGAUUCAGGGUGUGUCCGGGGUGAAGCCCACGGGACUCAGGAAGCGAACCUCCAGCAUUGCUGAUGAAGGCACGUACACACUGGACUCCAUACUCCGACAGCUCAACUCCUUCCACUCAGUCAUGUGUCAGCACGGUAUGGACCCAGAACUUAUCAAGCAGGUGGCCAAGCAAAUGUUCUACAUCGUGGGGGCCGUCACCCUGAACAACCUCCUCCUGCGCAAAGACAUGUGCUCCUGGAGUAAAGGCAUGCAGAUCAGGUACAACGUCAGUCAACUGGAGGAAUGGUUACGUGACAAGAAUCUGAUGAACAGCGGGGCCAAAGAGACCCUAGAGCCUCUCAUUCAGGCUGCUCAGCUUCUGCAAGUGAAGAAGAAAACAGAUGAUGAUGCAGAAGCCAUCUGCUCCAUGUGUAAUGCUCUAACCACUGCCCAGAUUGUCAAAGUGUUGAAUUUGUACACUCCAGUUAACGAGUUUGAAGAAAGAGUGUCUGUAUCAUUCAUUCGUACUAUACAGGUGCGUUUGCGAGACAGGAAGGACUCUCCUCAACUGCUCAUGGAUGCUAAGCACAUCUUUCCUGUCACCUUUCCUUUUAACCCAUCUUCCCUUGCCCUAGAAACUAUCCAGAUUCCAGCCAGCCUGGGCCUGGGCUUCAUCGCACGGGUCUGAAAGCAAUGUCCAGGCAGACAGUGACAAGACAUUUCUUAAUGUCUGGACUUGAACCAUUUUUUUUUUUUUUGUUUCCCCAGUGAGCUACUGAAAAAAAUACAUUUUUAAAGAGAAGUACUGAUUAUCUCUCAAAUGAGGAGUUAUUUAACUGGAAGUCUCCCUAGAAUGCUUCUGUCAC